CCCUGCAUGUGGGGACACGGAUUAUUCCGAAUAGAGCGACUGGCUGUGUUGUCUCAAGAACGCUUGUUUAGGGCAGAUCGUGUGUACCGUCCAAGCACCUUCUCACUAGAGUAAGCCAUGAGCUUCUUCCUAUCUGGACUGAGAGCGUCUAAUACUAAGACUGUGAAGCACCUCAAGAAGAUCCCAGAGGGCUCUCACCAACAUGACAUGAUGAAGCAUGCGGCCGCUACCCUGGGCAGUGGGAAUCUUAAACUGGCUGUUCAACUACCAGAUGGUGAAGACCUCAAUGAGUGGAUCGCCGUCAACACUGUGGACUUCUUUAACCAGAUCAACAUGCUCUACGGUACUAUCACGGCUCACUGUACAACUGAGUCAUGCCCUGUCAUGAGUGCUGGACCAAAGUACGAGUAUCACUGGGCCGAUGGUACGACCGUCAAGAAGCCCAUCAAGUGCUCAGCACCCAAGUAUAUCGACUAUCUCAUGACCUGGGUACAAGAACAACUAGACGAUGAAAACAUCUUCCCCUCCAAGAUUGGUGUGUCCUUCCCGAGGAACUUCAUAACCAUCGCCAAGACGAUCCUCAAGCGGCUGUUUCGAGUGUACGCCCACGUAUACCACGCCCACUUCCAACAUGUCAUCGACCUGACUGAAGAGGCGCAUUUAAACACCUCGUUCAAGCAUUUCAUUUAUUUCGUCCACGAGUUUAAUCUUAUUGAGAAACGAGAGCUGUCGCCGAUGCAAGAGCUCAUUGAGAAGAUGAUGCGAUGAUAAAAAAAACUUAACAAUUUUUUUACCUGUAGCAUUUAUUAUGUUGAACAGUAUAAUUAUAAUUCAAAAAAAUUAUUAUUAAUAGAUGUGUAUAAUUAUGCACUUGUAUGUGAUCAUUACUGUACUGCUACAUGUAUUAAUAAACAUUAAUCAUUAAUUUUUGUUGG